AUGGGUCAAGCUUUUCGCAAGCUUUUCGAUACCUUCUUCGGCAAUACCGAGAUGCGGGUUGUCAUGCUUGGUCUUGAUGCUGCUGGAAAAACAACUAUACUCUACAAGCUUCACAUUGGAGAAGUUUUAUCCACUGUUCCUACAAUUGGUUUCAAUGUAGAGAAGGUUCAGUACAAGAAUGUUGUUUUCACCGUUUGGGAUGUUGGAGGCCAAGAGAAAUUGAGGGCACUCUGGAGGCAUUAUUUUAACAACACGGAUGGUCUGAUCUAUGUUGUUGAUAGUUUGGACCGCGAGAGAAUUGGGAAAGCAAAGCAAGAAUUUCAGAAUAUCAUAAAUGACCCAUUUAUGCUCAACAGUGUCAUCUUGGUGUUAGCCAACAAACAGGACCUGAGAGGAGCGAUGACGGCAAGGGAAGUAUGUGAUGGAUUAGGUCUCUUUGAUCUCAAGAAUAGAAAAUGGCACAUACAAAGCACUUGCGCACUUAGAGGCGACGGCCUUUAUGAGGGUUUGGACUGGUUGUCCUCAACACUAAAAGAGAUGAGAGCUGCUGGAUACUCUUCAUUAGGACUAGGAACUUCAUCUUUCUAG